GACAAAAACACUUUUGACAAUGGCAUGCACUGGCCGGUUGCGGAUCAUGUCCCACGUUGAAUUAGACCAAUAGCAACGUUUUGAGAGCCAUCGUCGUCCAUCAUGGCAACUACAACCAAUUUGGUGACAGGCGAGAAGUCACCAAAUUCCUCCCCGGCAUCCCCCGCCUCCAGUCACCCGCACCAACCCCAGGAGGAUCAGCUCGCCAGCGUGAAAUCCCCGGCUCCAAUCACGUCAACCGAUCCCGCAAAGAACUUAGCGGAUGCUGACUGCGGACCGUCAACCUCAUCGCCAUCAUCGUCAGAUCGGUUACUGCAGCGCUUGGAACUCCUCGCUGAAAAUGUCCCUCCUCCACGAGAUGCCCCUCUGUCUCCGGCCCGGGCUAGUCUAAGUGUUGAAAAAUCCCUACACAUGUACUACUCCAUGAAGCGGACCGAGACCUUCAGCACCCUGUAUGACUUUGACUGCAGCUCCUCAACCACCUCCAGCUCCUCGGAGAAGCUUCUCCAACGACUUGAGGAGCUCUCGGAGAACAUACCUCCAGGAUUCCUGACAUCCCCAGACCGUUCGCCGAUGAUUGGCAAGCCCCUCCCGCUCCUGAAAAGGACAGACGACUCUGGCGCCACAUACGAUUUUGAAGGCAGCUCAUCCGCAUCUUCAACUACCUCAGAGAAUGUCUCCAAACGCCUGGAACAGCUCAGCGAGUACGUGCGGCCGAGGCUUUCUCCGGGACGCUCGGUUUGCCCCGGGUUGGUAGCCGGAAGCUCCAGACCACGGAAGCGCGGUGUGCCUCUCCCACUUAAACCGUUCAACCGGCAGGCUCUGCCGAGAUUAAAACGGCGCAGCUUUGGUGCCACUCGUUGCGAUAGUACCACGGGAGAUAAGAUCAAUCAGGUGUCAUCUUCAUCUGGAGUGGUUUAUGUUCACAGUGAGCAACUCAUCAGACUGUGUGACACGCUGCUAAAAGUCCCCAAGAGAGCGGGAAUGGUGCACAGCCUUCUAGAGGCUUACGGCCUCCUCCAGAACAUGACGGUUCUACCUCCGCAUCGCACCACCAAGGAAGACUUAACCGUCUUCCACUCCCAAGACUUUGUGGACUGCUUGGAGCGCCUGAAUCAAGAGGACGACAGCGAGAAGAAUGAGGAACUAAAACAGCAGUUUGGUCUGGGUUAUGAUUGCCCGACCAUCCCCCACGUCUUUGAUUUCGUCUGCUUGGCGGCGGGCGCCACCCUGCGAGCAGCCCAGGCCCUUGUUAACGGGGAGAGUAGAGUUGCCAUUAAUUGGUGCGGAGGCUGGCAUCACGCCAAGAGAGAUGAGGCGUCUGGUUUCUGCUACGUCAACGAUGUCGUUCUCGGGAUUCUGAAACUCAGGGAGAAGUUUGACCGUGUUCUGUAUUUGGACCUGGACCUACACCACGGAGAUGGUGUUGAGGACGCCUUUUGCUACACUCCCAAAGUCCUGACGUGCUCCUUCCACAAGUACUGUCCGGGCUUCUUCCCAGGCACUGGGUCGGUGGAUGACGUGGGCAUCGGUAAAGGCAAAUUCUACUCGGUGAAUGUCCCACUCAAGGAUGGGAUCCAGGACAACCAGUACUUCAGUGUCUUCUGCAGAGUUGUCGACCAACUCAAGCAGUGCUACAACCCCAGCGCUAUAGUGGUCCAGUGCGGCGCCGACACGCUAGCCGAUGACCCCAUGCAAUCCUUCAACAUGACCCCCACCGGCCUGGCCCGCUGCCUGCACCAUGUGGUGUCGGCCUGGCAGUUGCCUACACUGCUGCUGGGGGGUGGCGGGUACCGGUUGGCCAACACGGCUCGGUGCUGGGCUAACCUGACGGCCACUGUGCUGGGUUGCCGGCUACCAGCCGAGAUACCGGAACAUGAGCACUUUCUCGAGUACGGACCAGACUAUCAGCUGGACGUCUCGCCGACUCAUCGACCAAACCUCAACACGGACGAGUACAUUGAAAAGACCAUCGCCGCUAUAACAGAAAAUCUGGAGAAGAUUUCUGAUGGUUGACGGGGGAACCGACACAUUUUGGAUGAAAGAACCGACGCACAAUGGCCCUCAAGUUCUUUCAAAGCGACAACACAUAUCUCCUGUAAACAUGUCGUACAGUCGAAUCUCAACAGUUAUUUGAGAGCACUUUUGUGAAUUAAUUAUGCAAUUUUAAGGUUAGGGAUUACAUUCACGAGUCACAGUGUGUGUGUUUCCAUGUAUUUAAAAAUUGUUUUGGUAACGUUAAAUACAUAAGGCAAGUCAAAUGAGUUAUCCGUUUAUGUUUCCAAUUAAUAUUGUUAGGCAACUUGAACUUAUUAUCCUGUACAUUGUAUAUGUUAAAUAUCAAUUUGGUUUUUAUUGUAUGAUAUUACCCUUCAUUAUUUUGAGUUAUUCCUACAAGCAAAAGCUAGGUGGUAAGCUUUAUUACUGUGAAAAUGAUGAAGGGAUUCCCCAUUCAGAUGUUUAGACAGUGAUAUGGCUAUCACACAUUAAAGCUAGAGUCCAUCAUUUGCAGCCAUCCGAAAAGUAACUGGCGUAAUUAUUGUUGAAAAACAAACUUGGU